AUGCAAUUCGCAGCGCAUCGCGGGUCGCUUCUGCUUGUGCGGCAGUUCUCGUCGUCCGCAGUGCAGCUCAGCCGUGGCAGCAAGGCACUGAUCGCACAGAGCCUGCUGGACGCCGUCAAAGACCCGCAGCUGCUCCGGUCGGACGCGUUCGUCAACGGCAAGUGGACGGGCGCUGCGGACGGCGCUCGCUUUGACGUGGCGAGCAAGUCGACGGGCGCCCAUCUGGCAUCCGUGGCAGAGCUCACCGUGCAGGACACGACUGCAGCCAUCACUGCAGCGCACGACGCGUGGCACCCAUGGGCCCGCCGCACUGCCAAGGAUCGUUCGCAAAUCUUGCGUCGCUGGUUCGACCUCAUGAAGCAACACGAAAACGAUCUGGCAAUCAUCCUCACAGCGGAGCAAGGCAAGCCGCUGGCGGAAGCGCGUGGCGAGGUUGCCUACGGAUCGUCCUUCAUUGAAUGGUUUGCCGAGGAAGCCAAGCGCGUUUACGGCGAGACCAUUCCGGCAGCCAGCCCGAACAAGCGGAUUCUUGUUCUCAAGCAGCCCGUUGGUGUUGCCGCCAUGAUCACUCCGUGGAACUUUCCAAACGCAAUGAUCACGCGCAAGGUGGGAGCGGCGCUCGCUGCAGGCUGCACGGCGGUCGUCAAACCGGCAUCGGAAACCCCGCUGUCUGCCCUGGCGCUGUGUGAGCUGGCAACCCGCGCGGGCCUUCCCCCGGGCGUGCUCAACAUGGUCACCACGCACACGCACGUUGCUGCUGUGGGCCGUGAGCUGGCCGAGAGCCCGUUGGUCCGCAAGCUCUCCUUCACCGGCUCGACCAACGUCGGCAAGCUGCUCAUGCGGCAAGGCGCGAGCACUGUCAAGAAGGUGACGAUGGAGCUCGGUGGCAACGCGCCCUUCAUUGUGUUUGACGACGCCAACAUUGAGCAAGCCGUGGCGGGUGUGAUUGCAUCCAAGUUCCGCAAUGCCGGACAGACCUGUGUCUGCGCCAACCGUAUCUACGUUCAGGACAGCAUUUAUGACAAGUUUGCUGCGGCUCUCGGCGAUGCCAUGGCCAAGCAGUUGAUUGUGGGCGACGGCUUUACCUCUGGCGUUACUCAGGGCCCGCUGAUCAAUGAGAAGGCGGUCGAGAAGGUUGAAAAGCAUGUCCAGGACGCGCUGUCGAAAGGCGGCGUGCUGCUUCGCGGUGGCAAGCGUCAUUCUGCGGGCAAACUCUUUUUCGAGCCAACGCUCAUCGGAAACGCGAACGACCAGAUGCUUUGUGCGCACGAAGAGACCUUUGGUCCCCUGGCUCCUUUAUUCCGAUUCAAGACAGAAGAAGAAGUCAUCCGCCUGGCCAACAACACGUCUGUCGGCUUGGCUGCCUACUUUUACGCGCAGAACAUGGGCCGCGUGUGGCGUGUCGCCGAGGGUCUCGAAACGGGUAUGGUCGGUGUCAACGAUGGCACCAUUUCAACCGAGGUGGCGCCGUUUGGUGGCAUCAAGGAGUCCGGCCUGGGUCGCGAGGGUUCACACCACGGUCUCGAGGAGUACCUCGAGGUCAAGUAUGUUUCGUUGUCCGGCGUGUAG